AUGUCUGGGCUAGAGCCCCUCGCCGCCUUGGGCUUGGCUUGUAAUGUUUUGCAGGUUGUUGAAGUGGGGCUUCAGACCAUCAACCUCAUCAAGGUUGUGUACCAGGGCGGAUCAAUAGACGAUGCGCUGGAACAAAAUGCUGUCAUUUUAGCAAACAUCUCGCGCGAGGUCAAAAAGUCUAAACAGCCUGCCAAGUGUCCAAAGCAUGAGCAGCAACUAAUCGCUGCGGCGGAGAGAUGUUCUACUGCUGCGCGAGAUUUGACGGAAGAAAUUCAGUUUCUUGUCGGCUCUGCGAAGAAAGGCAGUCUCGCCUCGACUCUCAAGGUCGUGGCCAGGACCAGCUGGCGUAGACGUCGAUUGGAGAGGCUCAAGGAGAACUUGGACAGCGCAGAAAAGUUGAUGAACACGGGGCUUCUGGUACGAAUAUGGUCAAGCGCAAACACGGCUGAACUGGACCUGAAGAAAAUCAAAGAAGACCUCCGUUCAUUCAUUGUGCAAUUUCAGAACGGACAUCGCAACACGAGCGAGCUAGUGUCACGAGAGACUAUAGCAAUCAAGGAGCAUGUGACGUCUGUAUCGGCACAAAAUGCGAAAUCGCUAGAAAUAGCCCGCCAGAGUUUGGACAGCUUGGUUCUUGAUGCGAGUUUCCAUGAAAGUCAAGCAAAGCGAGACCGUCUACUCCAGAGUCUUAAAUAUCCGGGCUUCAAUGAGCGACGAAAUCAAGUGGCCGAGGCAUACAAGAACACCGGAACGUGGAUAUUUGCCGGUGAUGGUGAUGAAAUCGACUCACUUGAGGAUCGUGCCCGCUCCAGUUCGGAGGAUAUAACUUCUGAAACAAGCGAGUCGCAAGAAACCAGGCAUAACGUCCAAGAUUAUGUAUCGGCUAUCAAGUGGGACAGCUUCUCCAACUGGCUUCGUUCGACGGAUACCAUUUACUGGAUCAGUGGGAAGCCCGGGGCAGGCAAGACUACACUCGUCAAAUUCAUCAUCAACCACCCAGAUACACAGACCUUUUUGAAAGUCUGGCAACCGAGCCCUUUGAUAGUAUCUCAUUUUCUUUGGAGACCUGGUACUGAGUUACAGCGGAGUAUCAAGGGCCUGCUCUGCUCCCUGGUCCAACAGCUGCUGGAAAACAGUACCACUGUCCUUGAUUCAAUUCUUCAAUGCGUUCCUCGAGUGAACAUGAAGGAUACAGACACGGACUGGUCUGCCGAAGAACUCCGAUUACUAUGUCUUCGGGUCCUCUCCACGUACGACCGACCAAUUUGUCUGUUUCUAGAUGGACUCGACGAGGUUGAUUCUCGAGAUGGUGUUGUUCGGCUGCUGAAUUUGGUUGACGAAGUGGCAGAAAGCGCAAACAUCAAGAUAUGCUUGUCCAGCAGACCCGAACCGCUGCUACAGAGGCGUCUGUCGAUAUACCCCUCGCUCCGAUUACAGGACUUGAACAUGGGUGACCUAGAGUUGUAUGCUCGAGAUCGUGUCAUACUUCCCGAUGGAUACGUGGCCGACCGAGGCAGAGAUGAUCUCAUCCACUCUUUAGUCAAUAAAGCGGAAGGCGUUUUCCUAUGGCUCGUUCUGGCAGUAAGCAGCAUCAACAGGGGUGCGGAAUACGGUGAUACCAUUGACCUUGUUGAUGAGAGAAUCCGCCAGUUGCCUGGAGAUCUGAUCGAAUUGUACAAAGAUAUGUGGAACAGAGCCUGCAAGGAUGAUCCACUACAAUAUCGACAGACUGCGGCGCUAUAUUUCAAGCUCCUAUUGAUACACCGUGAGGAAGACUCUGCUUUUGAACGAUCUUUCUUUGGCUGGGACCUAUUUACCUUUACACUGGCUUCAACCUCGACUGCGGAUGAAAUCCUUCAGCACGGCAAUAGAGCCCCUGAUCUUAUCUCAGAAGCUACCAUACUGCAAAGAUGUCAAGAAGUGGAGAGGAAGAUAGGUAUCUACUGUUUCGGGCUCAUAGAACUUGGCCCGGGACAGGACUAUCUUGGAGAUGAGGACACCACGGUCGUCGGUCACUAUGGCGACGCUUUUGAUAAACUCCUGCCUCUAACAGGCGGCAAAAGAGUCCUGCGGUUCAUGCAUCGAACCGCGCACGACUUUCUUUUGGAUACAGCGGAUGGUAGAGCGAUACUCGAGUUCGACACCUCGUCGAAGAUAUCACUUGAGAUCCGAAUCGUCCAGGCUUAUUUGGCAGGAAGCCAAUUGUUCUUACAUGCGGACUACUACGUUUUGGACAGUGCAAGCUUCGCUACCACGCCUCUAUACCUUAUGAGAUAUUUGCGUCGCGUCUAUCAAGGUACGGAUAGUUGUAUGGUUCUCGACUGGCAGCAAUUGAUCCGUCGUUGUGAGAGCCUGUGCAACGACGGCAAACUAUUCGUCGGGUCCAGAAACCAAGCACGUCUGUGCAAAGGCGAGGACUUCUUGAAGGUGGCGGCUAGUAUUUGCAGCGACGAAUAUGUCCUACACGCCAUCAAGCACGGGGCCUUGAGUCAACAAGCUAAAUCAGAAAUCCUCCUGAACGCAUGCAAUGCGUAUGCGAGUAGAAGAACCUACCUAAGGCCACAAGAUUUGAAUGUCGACGAAUCAAUUAGAGUGUUACUGAGAGAAGGUGCAGACCCUAAGUACAAGGGGUUCAAAUUCUCGCCAGACUUGUGGUUGUGGCCGUUCGCACAGCUCGACACACCGUUCACAGACUACUUGGCAUGCAGACAGAUUCACCGGAAAAAUCAUGGCUUGAAACUGGAGAGCCUAGUGGUCAUGUUAGAGACACUGCGUAUCUUCAUUGAUCGAGAGGCGAAUCUUGACGAAAUGGUCACCGUUGUGUUCUUACUAGGUACCUGGUUCGAUCCUUGCCGUGAAGACUCUCUCCCGGGACUGCAUCUUUUCCAAGUAUUCGAAUUGACGCGGAUCAAUCCUGACUUCACCUUCCAUACCAUGGAAGAUAGCAUUCUUUUUGUUUCAUUCCCAGCUCAUGCUGUUCUGGACGCCUUCCUGAACAUGAUACGUCUAGGGAACCCACCGCCAGCCGAAGAGACGAAGUUGAAUGGUCUACUAUUAUCCCUUGAAACCAGGUGUAAAAACUGGUGCAGUAGCGAGCGCUCUCGUUUCAUUGGCAGAGUGGGUCGUGCUGCGGCUUCAUUAGAGGAAGGCGGAUGGUUUGAGACAACAGAAGAUCAACAGGAACGGAUCACAAAGCUCGUCAUCAGCCAGGCCCUCAAAUCAGCGUGGGCCAUAGCCAAAAGCUCCACCAUUGUAAUGACUGCGUCCGAUGACGAAGACGAUGUGAACAAUCUCUUUGCGGCUGGAGAUUCAAAGAGAACGAGGCCGAAAGUUCCAAGAAUGAAGUGGCUCAACAAGACGAGCAUUAUUAUCACUUCCAACAAAGGCAAGAAGCCCCAUGGGAGCGAAAGCGCCUGCAUCCUCCAAGAUGCUAGUGAUGGGGCCUAUUUCCUCGAUGAGGCCGGUGACAAGUCCUCCUACGACUUAUCGCAUCUCGAAUGA